AUGUCGAACUUCAUGCACAAAGUCAAGGACGCCAUGACUGAUCAUGACAAGGAUACAUCCCGCGGCUUCAGGGCUCAAGAUAACCAGGGAUCCUCCAAUGCCCCAGCCUCAGACAAUGAUAUGAACCAGAACAGAUCUUCUGGCAUGGGUUCUAACAACCCUUACGACUCUGGGUCACGCUCUGGCGACCCUAACUUCAACGACACCCAGGAUCCAACUGAUUCAACCCGUACUGGGAUGGGCAAUCAAGGCGGCCGUUCUGGCGACUAUGGAUCGACAGCAAUGGGCGGAGAUCGUUCCAACUUCAAUGCUGGUCCGCAUGAUUCAAAGAUGGCUAACAAGAUGGAUCCUCGCGUCGAUAGUGAUAUGGACAACCGCGCUGCACGCGGAACUGGAAAUACGAACCCCCAACAGUCCAGCAACGCCCCUAGCAACCCAUCCACAGGCGUCGACAACCAUGAAACUAGCGAAGAUGACUAUAACAAAGCCACGCAGGAAAAGACAGCCAAAUCCCAACCCCAGCCUGGCAGCUACGGCAACAACCCAAUGGCCAACGAGGAAAGCCAUAGCACCUCGACGCAGGAGCAUAAAUCCCACUCCGCUACUAGCCACGCCAUGCCCUGCCAGACAAAUUUGCAAAACGAGGAGGGCUUUGAAAACCGCGGCGAGCCAAAUUUCGGCGGUAAUGCGGCUGGUGGUAGUAGCUACGCCUCAGGCGAGCAACAGCCAUCUGGUGCUCAAAAAGAUGACCCCAUAAACAAGCUUGAUCCUAGAGUUACCCGCUCGAGUGGGCAAGCUAAUGUUGGCAAUCAGCGGGGUGGAUACUAG